AUGGAAUGGUUGAUGGAUUCUGCCGAAAUCGAUAAACUCGACGAAGAACACGUAAAACCAGUAUGCCCUAGUGGCGCUAUUCCUUACGGAAUUCCACAAGUGAUGCUGUGCGAUCCGGUUAUCGUCAACAUUUGCCCUAACGGUUACACGUGCGUCGAGGCAGCUAAUGGUCAUCUGCUUCCGAGAGACGCUCGAUCACUUUGCUGUAAAACUUCUACACUGUAUUCAUUUGCUUCGGUAUUCGGAGAAGUGAAGCUUUCACCACGAAUCGUACCGAAUCCGCCGCUUUCAGCUAUUGAAUAUGUCAGACUCAAUGUGCAUACAUCGGCCACAAUGCAUGCCCCAGAGAUUCGUACCGGUGAUCAUUUCGUGCUGGCACCUUUUAGGCUUCUUGAACCAGCAUACCUGAAAGGAGUAAAAUUGUUUGCAGAACAAACUCGUGGAAGUUACAUACACGUUUUACUUUUCGAUCCACUCUCAUCAACGGAGACCAUGCAGCUGUACUACGACCGUGUUCCUGAAGGUGAUCGAUAUGUGGACUUGGAGAAACCAAUUGAAGAUGGAGGAUUCAUUUCAAAACGUAUCUUCAAUGCGCCACCACAGACAAACAUUGAAAAUCCAAAGCGUCCAGGGCCGAUUAAGGAGUGUUAG